AUGACCGCCGCCAACCCAGAUAUGGCUGGUUUGAAAAAGCGCAAGCGCACAGAGGCUGGAUAUUCAGAUGAAGAACCGGUCAGAACUGGUGCCGAUCAAACGAACGGCUUUGGCGUAGGCCAGACUCUAUCGCUGCUCCAGACAGCAACAUCGGCAGCAGAAGACAACGAAGCAGUUCCCACAGAGUCAUCGAAAGCCAUUCCGAAACAAGUUAAAGAUGGAUUGUCUGCGCAGAGACCUACGAAGAAGAAGAGAGUCGACGGCGAAAAGACGAAAUAUCCCGUGCUCACCUACGUUGAAGGGCGACUACAGUCGUCGAUUCGCAUUGCGGAUCUUCAAAGUCUUCUACUCUACUGUUUCGCUGAUGGUAUCGCGCCUCAGUGGAUCUCCAUCAAGCAUUCGGGCUAUGUCAGAAAAAUUGUUGUGCUGAUGGUUCCGGGUUUGGAGAUUGGCAUGUUUGACGGUACUAUUCCGUUGGAACCGCAGCCGGAGAUUCGAGAAACUGAAUCGGCUUCGCAAGCUCCCGAUGUUGAUAUGCAGACCGAAGAUCCUCGGAAAGCGGACUUCCUUCGAUGGAAAGAAGGCCUCCCCCCGGAAGAUCGCUCGCAUCGGUUCAACCCUCGUCCGUUGGCGCGAGAUAACCUGCCGACACAGCUGCAACCGCUUGCAGACAUGUUCCCGCAUAUUUGGCCGGUCAAGGCCCCUGGGGAUUCCAAGUACAAUAAAGUGCACUCACCUCUCCAAGCUAUCCUCCUAUCGUCCUUGCCGAAAAAUAAAGAGAGCGGUGGAAAGGGCCCUAAGCCACCCCGAGUGGAUAAAAGCCAUGUUCCCAAGCGGACACCGAUCACUACAUUCCUCAGCAGUCUUGAGGACCUGCGUGAACAUGAAUAUGUUCUUCACCCGGCACUUCUGGCCACUGACCAGGAGAAGACAGCCCUUGCGGAGAGCCGCAAAAGAGCUGGCCAGUCUGUUGAGGAUGGCUGGGUUGACACGGAUGUCCCAAGUCUAGAAGCCGGACAACCUCCUGAGGAUGAGAUACAACAAGGCAGCAUGACGGCUGGCCGUGAUGUGCUGGCUAUGGACUGCGAAAUGUGCAUCACAGAAGGCGGCAAAUCAGAGCUCGCGCGCAUCAGCUUGGUUCGCUGGGAUGGGGAAGUGGUGCUUGAUGAGCUCGUGAAGCCAGAACUCCCAAUCAUCGACUACCUGACCCGUUUCUCUGGCAUGACCAAGGAGAUUUUAGAUCCGGUCACCACUACCUUAGCCGAAAUCCAGAAAAAGCUGCUCACAAUUCUGACUCCCCGCUCAGUGCUGGUCGGCCACUCGCUCAAUUCCGACCUGAACGCUCUGAAGCUCACACACCCAUUCAUCGUUGACACCGCCAUGGUCUACCCGCACCCUCGCGGGCCACCACUAAAGUGCAGCCUGAAAUGGCUCACGCAGAAAUACCUCGGCAAGGAGAUCCAGAAAGGCCAGACCGGCCAUGACUCUAUAGAGGACGCCCGUGCCGUACUCGAACUGGUCAAGCAGAAAUGCGAAAAGGGCGAGCGGUGGGGCACCAGCGACGCCUCGAACGAGAGCAUCUUCCGGCGCCUGGGUCGCGCCACGCGGCCCCGGAAAUCAGACGCGGCGGCCGAGGGCCGCACAGGAGCCGUCGUCGACUGGGGUAACCCCGAGCGCGGAUUCGGAGCGCAGGCGGCCGUCGCGAUCGGGUGCAAAAGCGACGACGAUGUUGUCAACGGUAUCUCCGCCGUUGUCAAAGGCGACGAUACCAACCCGUCCAUUCCCGGCGGCGGUGUCGAUUUCACCUGGGCCCGGAUGCGAGAACUCGAAGUCCUUCGUGGCUGGUGUAAUCGUCUCCCGGACCCGAACAAUGCCAACGAGUCCACCACCUUGGUUCCCCCGCCGGAGGAGACAACACCAACGGGCCCUACCUCGACCGAGCAAGCCGCCGCUGCUGUGCAGGACAACACUCUGUCAGAAACAGUAUCCCGUACUGUCGCGAACAUCCAGCGCGUCUACGAGUCUCUCCCCCCCUGUACCCUGUUCAUAGUAUACUCGGGCACCGGUGACCCGCGCGAGGUCAGCCGUCUACAGGCGAUGCACAAAACUUUCCGCGACGAGUUCAAUGCCCGUAAGCCGUGGGAUGAGCUAACAGUCAAAUGGACGGACACGGAGGAACAGGCCUUAAAGAAAGCCUGUGAGAGAGCUCGGGAGGGCUGCGGAUUCAUGUGUGUUAAGUGA